ACCUUUGCCAACGUGAAACGCAGGUCAAUCAGACUUGCCAUCAGUUUGCAAAAACUUGGGAUAACUUCUGAAGAUGUUAUAGUGACAUGCUUAAAAAUGACUUUGGACACAGUAGUCCCUCACCUAGCUCUACUAUAUUUGGGAGCCAAAUUCGCUGGUAUAGACCCUAUCCAGACUGAAAGAGACUGGCGACAUUGCAUUGGCCUAGUCGAACCUAAACUAAUUUUUGUGGACGAGGAACAGGUAGACAGACUGAAAAACUGUUUGGGGGCGCUAAAAGUGAAACCAAAACUGAUCGUGCUUGGCCAUUCUGACUAUUACCAGACCUUCGAAGAUUUGGUGCUGCCCAGUCCUGAAGAAGAUUCUUUUCGACCAAAAGUUAUUGAAAAUUGUCGAGACACAGCUCUUAUAUUGUUUAGUAGUGGCACAACUGGUCCACCAAAACCAAUGACUAUCUCUCAUUUCAGUUUAGUGAAUGGACCACAACGAAUUUUAGAAAGGUAUGGUACCGAAUUCUUCAAAGUUGAACUGCUAUUUUCGACCUUCUAUUGGAUAACUAGCAUUAUGAUCCUGAUUAGAUGUUUCUUCACUGGAGGUUGUAGAGUUUUAUUUCCUGAAUUUCAUCCUGAAAAAACACUAAUGGCUAUAGAAAAAUAUAAGAUUUCUUCUUGUCUAAUCAGCCCUGCGAUAGCACAACAUUUAUUGAAAGUGGAAAAUGCUCAGCAAUACGACCUAUCUUCAGUGAAAUUCUAUAUUUCUGGCGGUACGAGUAUAUUUCCUGAGCAUAUCUCCCGAUUGAGAAAAUUGUUCCAAGACGGAAUUGUGCUGAAUAUUUACGGUUCCACAGAAGCUGGAGGAUGCAUUACUGGUUAUGACUUGAAAAAGGACUUGGAUUAUGC